AUGUCUAGUACCAAUAAUCAUGGUAAUCCAUUAGUGGUACUGAUUCCUUAUUCCUUCCCAAGUAAUAGUGAAUAUCCUACGGAGGUUCUAGCCAAUAGGUUUCAAGCUUGGAGAUCCAUCAUUAAGGAAUUGGUUACCUAUUUCAAAGAUUACGCCUCUGUUCAAGAGGAGAUUGUUCGACAACAAUUACGACUUCAACAAGCCGUAUCGAAUACUACCAUUCCUACUUUGCUGGUAAAUCCAGGGUCUGGGUCCGGAGGAUCUGGUUCCAAGGGGUUAGGGAUUUCAUCACGCCAUUCUCAAUCAAACAAUAAUAAUUCCUCAGAUUAUGAAAGUAUCCCAAUUGAUUGGUUCUUUUUACCUGUGGGCAACGGGUCUAUUCAAGAUUUAGGUUCGAUUCUUAACAAGUAUCAUCUGAAGAAUUUCAAUACUAGUUCCAAAACUCUUAAGGAUUUGAAUGGGAUAAUUAUUCCUAAAUUAGAAGAGUUACGUCGUGAUUUAAUGGUGAAAAUAAAAGAAAUUAAAGAUUUACACAAUGAUUUUAAAAAUAAUUUGGGUAAAGAAUUGGUUGAAACAAAACAUUUAUUACAAUUAUAUGAAUCUUCUUUAACUGGGAAAUUUACUAUUAGAUCCGAUAACAAUCAUCAUGGUCAUGGUCAUGAUGAUUCAUCAAAUGCCACUGAAGGUAAAAAUGAUCCAUUUUUGGUUAAAAUCAAAUUAGAACGUCAAUUGAAAAAGCAAAUUGUUGAAGAAAAUGAUUUAUAUGAAGCUUAUGCUAAUUUACAAACUGCUGGAAGUAAAUUAGAAUCAAUUGUGGUUUUAGAAAUUCAAAAUUACUUAUCAAUGUUUUUAAAUCUUGUGGGUUCCGAAAAGAAUAUUUUUAAUGAGUAUUUGGUACCAAAUAUUACAAAUGGUUUUCUUUCUAAGGAACCAAACUUUGAAUGGGAUUCAUUUAUUGCAAGACAUUCACCUGGAGGUUCUGAAAUCCCACCUUCUACAACUUCUUCCACAUCUGUUAGUGGACCUCAAGGUAGAUUUAUUGAUUUAACUUUCCCAGUUAGAAAGGCUUCAGAAUUACAAGUUCCAGGUUUAAAUUCUCCUCAAACUUUACUGAUUAAAGAAGGUACAUUGGAACGUAAAUCCAAAUAUUUAAAAUCUUAUUCAAGUGGAUAUUAUGUGCUAACUGCUAAUUUCUUUCAUGAAUUCAAAACUCCAGAUAGGAAACGGGAUUUAACUCCUUUAAUGUCAUUACCUUUAAGUCUGUGUACUGUUCAAGAAAACUCCAAAGACUCCCAAUUUUCAUUAAUUACAAAGGCUAAUGGGAUUUUAAAUAAAGCUCAUAAAUGGGUUUUCAGAGCUUCAACCCAAGCAGAUAUGAAAGAUUGGUUUACUCAUUUGAAAGCAUUGACUUCUUUGACAUCAGCAACUGCAAGAGCGCAAUAUAUUUACAAUAACGUUGAUAAUAAAUCGUUACAUCCAAUUUUAUCUAAUUCUAAGAUAAGCAGAUCUGCUUCAGUUAUUUCCCAAGGUACAGCAACAAGUCCCCGAUCAAUUAAUUCCGGUUCCAUUGCUGCCAGAAGAGUCAAAUCCCCUAAUCAUUUAGCUACCACAAACAGCAGUACUAUCAAUAGAAAUUCUGCUGUUUUCCUUAAGAAUGGAACAACUGCUGCAUCUCAUCGUACUAAUGCAAGUGCUUCAGGAGUUGCUUCAUCACCAAGGUUGGGGAACAUGAUAAACAGUGAUGGGACUAUAAUCACCCCCAUUGAGACCAAGAAUCCACAAUUAUCAGAGAAAGGACAACCUGAAGAACCUGCUCAGUCACAAGCAUCUCAGCAUUCACAAGCACAAGCUCAACACGCACAAGCACAAGUACAUACACAAGCACAAGCACAAGCACAAGCACAACAAGCACAACCAUCAAUUCCUUAUGGAAUACCGAUGAUGAUGAAUUAUUCACCUCAAGGGCCUUAUUAUGUCAACAAUACUUCCAAUAAUAAUAACCCAUCUCCUCAACCUCCACAAUCUCAACAGUUUUAUGAUCCUGUUAGCCAACAAGUGUUCACCAUUGUUCCACAGCAGAAUGUUCCACCACAAGGUGAUGGUACACAGAAGCAAUUUUUGGCAGUUCCAUCAUCACCAGGGUCUCAAUAUGUUGGGUACUUUGAGAAUAAUACCACCAAUAAUAAUAAUGCUAACAACAACAACAACAAUAAUAACAAUAACAACAAUGGGAAUGGACAGAUUAAUGGAGGGAAAUACUAUACCAUGUUACCAUUAAGUCGUACCACUUCAAUGUCUAGUCAUCCAGUUCCGGUAUUGAACCAAUCAGUGAUGUACCAUAAUGAACCAAGAGAAAAACCUGAUGGAGGACGACCAAUGGUUAAUGGUGAACAUGAAGAUAGUGAUGUUGAGAGUUUACCAACACCCAAAUACGUUGAUUAA